AGGACAAGUAGGUUUCUUGGACUUUGGGUUACUGCUUUUGGAUUACUGUUCAAAUACAUAUACCAAAAGGAGAAAGCCAUGGAACUUGCACUGGUAAGUCCGAUAAUGGGAGCUGUGUCCAAAGCAGCGUCGGUGGUCUACAGGUUACUCACAGCGUCGAAAAACAGGACAAAUUUCGAGGUGCUGGCAAAUCGCAUCAAGUGCACGUCUGCCAUUCUUGAACGCUUGCACACAAUGGGCAGACCGUUCCAAGGUGCGGUGAGAACAGGUGUGAAUGAGUUCACCUCAGCUCUGGAUGCUGCAGAGGACCUCGUCAUCGAGUACGGAGUCAGUAAUAGAGUAGAGCGCUUUUUCAAGGCCUCCAGACUAAAGGGCAAAUUUAAAAGUGUGUUUAAGAAGCUGAGAAGUGCAGAACAGCAACUCAACCUUGCGCUGAACGUUGAGCAAAUGUGUGACGGGAACACGAGGAGGGAUCUGAUGCCUUAUCAAGGAGGAGCAGGUGGAGGAGGAAGAGGGGCAGCUGGCUGGUAUCCAGGAGACGUCUAUCAAGGUGGUUCCAGUGCAGUCAUGCCAUAUCAGGGGGGCUACCCAGGUGCUUCAUCAGCAGCCAUGCCGUACCACCAGGGGGCGUAUCCAUGGGGAGGUGCAGGAGCGUCAUCAGGUCCCAGUGGUGCCAUAGGAAUAACAGCGGUGGAAGUUGCUUGCCUCACGCCUUUCGGGAUACUUACAGCCAGAGAGAUUACCAUAACCACGCUUGAGGACGAUGAGAUUGAUGAAGAGUUCAAUAAUAUUUUCAUUUUUGAGUAAACACACACAUGGGUAAAACAUGUUGUUUGCUGGGUCUCUGUUUUAAAAGGCUUUUUUUUAUUUAAAGUGUGCAUCCCAAUUUGGAAUGAUGCCAGAUUGUAUUAUAGCCUAUAUUAUUAUUAUUUUUAAUAAAGCCUUCUUGCAUGCUUGGUUGAAUAUACAUUUACAUCUGUAGUUGAUACAAAGGUUUGAACAGGAAUUUCAUACAGGGCAGAGAUUGAUGACUAGUGGCCUAUGUCUCACUCAUGGUAGGGCCUAUAUUGUCCCAUAAAUAGUCAUAUACUGUAGCUUACCAGUUUAUUGUUUCUCUUGUCAGUAUCAAUAUUUUCUAUGCAUUUUAUUGUGAUCUUUCAAACACACUUGGCACAUUCCCGUGUGUGUUUCUGUUAAAGCCAAUGUAAUUAUAUAGGCCUAAAUGUAUUGGAUCCGCAGCACCCAAACCCAGAUGUGUGACAUUAUACCUGUAGAUGUCUCUAGAAUGCAAGUGCCCAUCUUUACCAGCAGGGGGAAGCAUUGAUACAUUUAUUUUUUACACCAAAAGAGGACAGUGUGUACAUUCUGAAACAAAAAGAUCAGUAGGUGAUCCAGCAUGUGUAGCCUAUACUACAUUACAUAUUUGUCUAAGACAAAUCAGGGAAUAUGU